AUGUAUAGUAUACUGAAAAAGAAAGUUCUUUUGUGUACGUUUAUUUUAAUAUAUAUAAAUUUAAAAAUAUUUUUAAAUAAAAAAGUUAAUUACAUGUUUUUUAAACAAUAUAAUUAUCCAAAUGAAAGAGUAUACACAAGAUAUUUUUAUAUUGCUAAAAUAUACAAUAAGAAAAAAAAAAACAUAAAGAUAAGCCAUCUUUAUAGUGAAUCAAAUAAAGUUAGGCCAGAAAGGAAAUUAGAAUGUUAUGAAUUAAAUAUAAGAAAUGAUAAAAAAUUUCCAAAAUAUGCAAAAAAGCCGGUGUGCCCUUUAUCAAAUUUAUUUUAUUUUUCUCCAUUCAAAAAUAUUGUAAGUAGUUUUGAACCAGUAGAUUAUAAUAUAAAAAAAAAAUUGAAAGAAGAGGGUUUUCAAUUUGAAAAUGAAAAAAAGGAAUCAAAUAUUUUUCCAAGUUUAGAUGAAAUUAUAAAAAAUGGGGAUCCGUCAACAAAUAUACAUUUUUAUAGAAGAAAAAAAUUAAAAAGCUUAUUAUAUGGAGACCCACUUAAAUUUGUUAAAACAAGAAAAGUAAUAGAAAAAUAUAAUAGAAGAGCACCACCGGACAAACAAAUAAAUUUUGACUUAUUUAGGUGUGAUAUCUUUUAUGUUCACUCCGAUGGAACUAUAAUGAAUAUUGAAGAAAAUAGACCUCCAUAUGAAAAAAAAUUAGAAGAAAGUGAUAAACACAAAGAACCAAGAUUUAUAAUAACAGCUCCGCCAGGGCAUGCUAAAAAAAAUAACUUUAAGAUUGGUGAUAAAUUCCCUGUAAUAAAUGAAGAAGCAAAAAGAAAAGUCUUUGAUAAUCAUUUUGCAAGACCCAAAAAAAUAAGAGAUCCAUUAAUCCUGCCAGAUGGAAGAAAAAUUCCUUAA